AUGUCGCUCCUCCGAACUUCGUUUGCCUCGCUCCGCGUGGCUGCAUCCCCCGUCGCCGCGGCUGGCCGUCGAACGCUCGCCACCACAUCUGUUCGUCGCACAGACGACCCGAACAUCCUGAACAAGGAUACGCACUCUGGCGCCUCGGUCAAGGCUGACAAGCAUUCGAAGGACCCGCACACGCUGCAGAAGGAGACGACGCAGGCGGCCAACUCGGGCAAGGUCACCGCUAGCCCCAGCGACGCACCCACGCAGUCCGAGGACGCGGUGCACGCCGAAAAGCACUCCAAGUCGCCCAAGCAGCUGCAAAAGGAGACCGCGAAGAAGCUUCAAAAGUGA